AUGGAGGAUGGCAGGAGAGCCCACACUGCCAUUGUUGGCUGGGCAUGCACCACCCUGUGCUUGGUCUCCUGCGCGGCCGCCUUCUCGCACGGCGCGAGCCUUUCUGCCUGCACCGACAUGAUGCCCAGGCACCUCAGAGUGCAGCUGCACAGCCCCAACAGCAACUACGUCACUGUCCACACCAACAUGUCCUUCUACUUCCCAGGUGACAAGGUUCCAGUGACAGUGAGGAGCACCCGGGAUUAUAUGGGCUUUAUGCUCCAAGCUCGCAAAGUGUCCAACAACGAAAUCGCUGGCACAUUCAUCUUCAUGCCUCCUGGUUCCAAGCUGCUGACUUGUUUUGAAGAUGGGGACACUGUUACCCACUCGGACAAGUCACUGAAAAGAAACCUGUCCUUUGUAUGGAAAGCACCAGACCAACCCAUUGGAGACAUCAAGUUUUUCAUCUCCAUAGUCCAGUCAUACUUUGUUUACUGGGCAAAGAUUGAAUCUGCCAUCGUGGCUCAGGGGGGGCAAAACAAGACGCUUGCUGGCAGUAGCAAGAAGCCCGACACCACAGCCCCUGUGCCCUCGCAGGGACCAGAUGACACACACCCCACAGGAACGGCGAGCAAAGGUCCCACCUCUCCUGCAGGCUCCCCCCUGCGCACUCCAGCACUGCCUGCCAGCCCCACUGGCAACAUGGCAACACCAGCACCAGCGCCAGGUUUUGGUGUCGGGUCAGAUGCCCGUCCCAUUGCUGAGCCAAAGCAGCCGGCACGGACUUCACGGGCUGUGUCCGGUGGGAGCGUCAGGUCCAGAGGCCGGGCACUGGAGCCAUCCUUUCCCACCCAAGAAGCAAGCACGGUGGAUGCCUUGCAAGGUUUCCUCUCCCAGAACAAUGCCUCCAGCUUCAGCACCUCCAAUGGAGCAGGAAGCAAUGCCAGUGCUGCCACCCCACGCUUGUGUUUGACGUGCACAGACCACAGGCAGGCCAGUACCAAGAGCGAGGCCAUCUCGAAAGACUCCCUGCAUGUGACAGCAUCUCCCUCUGCCCUGCACGUACACACUCACCUGGGUGAUGCUGCUGCAACCACAGCCUGGUUUGGGAAUGACAGCACUGCUGGCAAUUUGUCCUUGGCUUCAAGGCAAAUGGCAGAAAGAGAGCUGGUACCGCAGCCAGAGGAGACCGGCACUCGGGGUGAGGAAGAGAAAGAGGAGGAGGCAGGUGGGAAUACCCUGGCAUGGGUGACCAGACCAGCUCCCAAAUCUGCUAUUCCUGGGAAAGGGGAAGACCUUGGCAGAGGAAGCCGACUCCUUGCAGCCCAACUUGGCAUCCUGCUGGUCUGCACGGCCGCCCUGGGCCUGGCGCUGGCAGCCGCCGUGCGCUGUGUCUGUGCCCAGCACUGCCACAAGCGGACGGAGGUGUCCUUCGGCGAGCCGGACCCCGGCAUCGCCGCCAGGGAAAACCGGGAGGCGGUGCACUUCCGAAGGAUCCGGGAAAACAGCUUCGUGCUGGUGCAAGCCGAGUACAACUGGGUCAGCCCCCAGAGCAGAGGGAAGAAGACAAUCAUCUGA